CAACUCCCGCCGCCAUAUUGCGUUAGUGCGAUGGUGAGAGCAUUUUGCCGUCACUAAUAUUUAAUUAUUAAAAAUUAUCUUUUACAAUUAAAUAGUGGAGCGUACAAGUGAAAUUUACCUCAAAACGUAUUGAAUUACAUUUUAAUUCAUCUGGCUUCAUUACAUAUUGUCUGUAAAUGGUCAGUUCAAAGAAGAAAAUUGCUCUGGGUUUCCACCAUUGAAGUAACCAAGUGGUGAACGAGUCUGAGGAAAGGUUCGAAGAAGCGAACCGAAGGCUGUGCUAGGUACUGUCACAUGGAAUGUAGCUUUAGCUCAAUAUGAAUGGAGAAGUGAAUGGAACCAUGGAAGAGCCUAUGGAGAUAGCUCCUGCUUCACCUGUCAACUCACUACACUGUAAUAAAAUUACCUCCCAAGACUGUCAAUUUGAGAAUAAAUUGGAGGAUAGUGAGAGUACAGAAAUUAAUAAUCAUUUAGAAAAUAAUGAGAAAGAACCUGAAGAUAAGGAGGUGCCCAAUGAUGGAGACAACCAUCAUCAGGAUGAAAGUAUGGAACAAUCUUCUGAUUUAGCACCUACUAAGGAAACUAAUAGUGUUAUUGAAAAUCCUUUGGAAAAUAACUGUGGCAAUAGUAAUGAAUCAUAUCCAGAGUCCUUAAAUAGUAAUCAGGAUAAGACAAUAUUUGUAGAGCAGAAGAUAAUAAGUUGCGAAGAUGAGAAGAGCAAAGACGACGAGGCUGAAAACAAUUGUAGUGCAGCGGUGACCGUAAAUGAUGUGGAAUCUGAGGAGGAGAUUGACUCUGAAGAAGAUUCGUCUGAAGAAGGGUCAGAGGUGUCUGCCGUGCCAAGAGCCGAGGACACGGUCAGUAUUAAUUCAGACUCGGAGCCCGAUCGCGGCGACGACACAUCACAAGAGAGUCAAAGAAAUAACAGCAGCGAAAUAAUCAUCUUAGAAAACGACAAUGGACCUGACAACCAGAAUGGCAACUCCCGCGAUUCCGCAGCCGCUGAGGUUCACGAGAUUAUGAGUGAUAAUGAUAAUGACGAUUGUGUCAUGACUAACGACGAAAAGUCCAGUUCAAGUGUUAGUGAGAAUAGAGUACAGCUGCGGCGCAGCAAUAGAGCGAUUAAAAGGAAAAUUUACAUUGAUGAGGAAAUGGAAAACGGGGGUAACGGAUCUGAUAUUGAAGAGGUAGAGUUGGAAGAUCCUUUAACUCGUAAAUCCAAGCCUAUAGUCGUAAACGAUACUAAGGCAUUAGUUGCGAUGGCAGCGAAGCAAUCUAAGAUGACCAUUAAUAAUCAGAAAAAGGAACCCACAGUUGUUAUUAUAGACACAAAUUCAAUUAUGUCUGGGAAGAGUACGACGCCAGCGCCCCCGAAGUCGUCCGUAACGUCUAUGACGGCCGAGAACUUAUAUCAAAGUAUUGUAGCCCGUGGCACGACCGUCACCCCAGUGAGUAGUAAAACGGCGAUCAGCACUAACACUGCUACUUCCCAAAACACAACCCAGACGGCACAACCGAACAUACUGCCUUCUUUGACUGACGACAUGUUCGUCGUAGAAGCACCCUCGUUUAUAGUACCUUACGUUUAUGAAAAACCUUCCAUAAAGCCAUUUAGAGAAUUUGUAGACAUAUUAGGUAAAGAAUUAGAAGAACAAAGAGCCAAAGAAGAGCAAGAAAGAUUAGAAAAAGAAAAACUGGAGAAAGAGAAACGAGAGCAAGAAAAGAAAGAAAAACGGGAGCGAGGCGAAGAAGUGGAAGACUCCGAGGACGAACAGCAGAAGGAAAAGGACGCUGCCAAGGAUGACGACGAAGACGAGAAGAAAAAGAAAAAGGCCGAGAAAAAAGAAAGGAGACGUCGUAAAAAUGAAGAAGAAGAUGAUGUCUCAUGGGAUGGUGAAAGUUCCACAGACUCGGAGGAUGAUAUUAAUAGUGACGAGGAAGAUAAAACCGUUGUCAUCAAGGAUAAAGCUGAUUCUAUAGAGGAAAUUAAGGACGUAACAGAACUAAUUGCAGAUAAGGUUACCACUGGCAAAUCGGACAAUUAUUUCGAUUGCUCGCUCGGAAAGUUCUUUAUAAACAUUGGACUGAACUUUGUGCAGGAAUAUGUACAAAAUGAUUUAUUGAAGCAGCAAAACCGGAAACUUUACAGGGAAAAGAAAGCCGGCCACAGCACGAAGGCGACCGAGUCUUCUAUAUCAUCGCUCAUGAAAAAUCUUGAGUUUAGUAAAGAAAAUAAUGCACCUUACCGAUAUCCCCAAAUUAAAUGUGAAUUUUGUAGUUUCAAAACCGAAUCCAUGUUAGUAAUGUCUCAUCACCUGGAAACGCCGCACAUGAAAAAUAACGUUUAUAAAUGUAAUUUCUGUGCAUUUGAAAUUCGAAGUCCUCAUGAUAUUCUUUACCACAUGGAAGCGGAGCAUAAUACGCGGGGGAAGUUAGAGCGAGCGCCAGCUUACCACCAGUGCGCCAACUGUCCCUUCGAGGACAACGGGAAGGGCAAGCUCGCCCGCCAUCUCAUCCCGUGUGCUAAGAAAUUUAAGCCGGAAAUAAACCUGGCGCCUCCCGUCGAGUGGGAACCUCCAGCCAAAAUACCAAAGAUAACGAGAGCGCGGAAUAACAUGUUGGGAUCGUAUCAAAGCGGAUUCGGUCGUCCGCAGUUCGGCAACAACCUGGUCCGCGCGCCGAACGUGGGGAGCGUGAUGGGCGCGGGCGCGGCGUUCCGGGCGCGGGGCCGCGCGCCGCUUGCCACGCCGCCACGCCCUACCAUGCUCGGCUCCACCAUGAUUCGAGGCGUCAUGGUGCGGCAACCUACGCCCGCUCUGAAUAACAACAAGAACGCCUUGCUAGGCAAGUCGAUGCACCAGCCAUCGAUCUCGAUCACGCCGCUGCCGCGGCAGCCGCAGCCGGCGCCGGCGCCCGCGCACACCAAGAGCACGUUCGUCAUCUGCGAGAUAUGCGACGGCUACAUCAAGGAUCUCGAGCAGCUCCGCAACCACAUGCAGUGGAUACACAAAGUCAAAAUACACCCCAAAAUGAUAUACAAUAGGCCGCCGCUCAACUGCCAAAAGUGUCAAUUCAGAUUUUUCACUGAUCAAGGGCUAGAACGGCAUCUGCUGGGGUCGCACGGCCUCGUGACGAGCUCCAUGCAGGAGGCGGCCAACAAAGGCAAGGACGCCGGCCGGUGUCCUGUCUGUGGCAGGGUAUAUCAGUGGAAGUUGCUCAACCAUGUAGCUAGAGACCAUAAUCUGACGCUAAAGCCAGCGCACUUAUCAUACAAGUGCACAGUGUGCACAGCUACCUUUGGAAUGUACAAACAGUUCGAGAACCACGUUUACUCGGCGCACAGCGUGGUGGCCAAGCGCGUGAUGGACAAGAGCAAGUCGGCCGCCCCCGCCGCCAAGCCCAACGACUCGCUGCUCAAGCCGCUCAAGAUCAACGACGAGAUAACCAUCAUACCACAGCCGGUCAAGGCCUCCACCCCCACGCCCGCGAAGGAUAAAUAAUAAGGCUCGGCCGGGGACGCCGCCAGCUUGCCGUCGCCUCUCGCCACCGGGUAGCCACCUCCGCGUCGACUGCACUCGACGCCCAACAGUCAACCAUUAGUAUACAUUCCAAUCACAACCUACAAAUAACUAUCUAGAUUUAAAGUCACUUAAAACAAUAAGAUCACUGAUACAUAAAAGCAAUAAAUUAAGAGCAUAUCUCGAGGUGUAAUUUGACCAUUUUGCUUUUUAGGAGUCGAAGAUCCUUCGACUUGUAGGUAGCAAUGUGUUUAUUGUAUGUAUGUGUUACUGUACUUGGUACUGAGGAAAUUUGCACUGCCUAGGCUAAUGGAGCCAGUGAUAUGUUGAACGGCUGUUAUACAAUCCGUUUGACAGACUAAGAUUUCUUGGCUUAAUGUUAGUUGUGCUGUACUGCCGCAGGCAAGGCGCAGUUUUAGUGACUUAACUGCACGUUAGUAAUUAAAGGAUUUAACGUGGGAUAAGUGAACCUUUGACAAAUUGGAAUGUAUACUAAACGCUUAGAGCAUUUUUCAAUGUAGGCUCUAAAUACCUCAGGAUUUUUAUCGUCGAAAAUAAUAGAUUUGAAAUAUAUCUUUUGUUACAACAUCGUGUUCUAUAGUUUCAAAUGAUGGUUCUUAA